CUUUUCUGGCCCCUUUCGAAUCCGAGGCGGCAACUUUGAAAAACACAAAGCAACAACACAAACAAAGCACACAAACACGAUCACGCUGCUGCGUUGCUGCUGCAUCGGUGAUGGAGAGCAAGCGUGCCAAGCUUGCCAAGAAGAAAGCCUUCUUGGAAGGGGUGCAUGCCGUGUUGACAAAGAGUGCUUAUGAGAGCGCCGCACACGCACGGCGACGAGCCGCUGUCAUCGCCAAAGCCGGCGGCACGUGCACCAUGGAACCAACAGACGAGACCAACGUGGUGCUUUGCUCUGAGACGACAACAAAGGCAGAGGCCAUGGAGCGCAUCAAGCAAGGCAAGGACCUGGGCGGGAAGCCUCCACCAGAGGCAGCACACUGGGUCACCACGGCGUGGUUGACAGAAUGUGUCAAGGCAAAGACAUUCAUUCCUUACGACUGCUUCACAGUUCGGAGCGGGGCGCCUGCGCCUGUUGGAGAGAGUGGUAGUUCAGCAGCAGAGACGGGCUCGCCAUCACGACAGCCACUGCGGCACCGCAGCUCAUCUGCGUCAUCGACAUCGUCCCAACGCAGCGCAUUGCAGCACAUCAACAGCAAUGGCGACUACUUCCCCGCGUCCGGCAGCCCCAGUCGCACAACCAGCAACGACAACAACCCAGCACGAGCGCUGGAUGUUGGCCCCAUGUCCUCUACAUUGACUGUGAACGACACGCACCCGCGUAGCAGCGAACAAACGGCGCUCAUAUCCACUGCUGGCGCUGCCACACACGCAACAGCGGCGGCGACGGAACCAUCAGCAUCAGCGUCAGCAUCGGCGUCGGCAUCGGCGUCGGCAUCACAGCCAUCAUCUGCAACCCAGAGCCCGGCAGCGCUGGUUGCGCGCUCACAACGCGUCGUCGGCACAUCACCAGAGGAGAUUGAACUGCCGCCAGCGUGGGAGGCGAUAUACCACUGCUACAACUGCGGCGCGAAAGACCACGGCGCACGCACGUGCCCGCUCCCGCCACGGGGCACGCCCGAGAACACGUAUGUGCCCGGUUUUCCCGGUGCGCGGAAGCGUGUGUCGCGCGAGUGGAUGUGUGCUCGGUCGCACGGACACAGGAAGGACCGCCAGGGCGCCGGCCCAAACGACCUCAUCAUCUCCAACCUCGAGAAACUCCAUGACACCUAUGCUGACUACGGCACUUGGUUGCACCAGCUGAAGGCGAGCAACUUGCACACGGCGCUUGCGUUCAUUCGACGCAUGAAGGAGCCCAUCACCACAUAUGAGCAGGCGCGCAGGAUCCCCAAGGUUGGCAACGAGACGGCAAAGAAGAUUGACGAAAUCCUCUCCACGGGCACGCUGCAGCGGUUAGAAGCCUUUGACACGCCCGAAAAACGUGCACAGCACGAAUUCAGCCAGAUCUACGGUGUGGGCACCGCGACGGCUAAGCAGUUUGUCGCCAAGGGCUUCAGAACCAUCCAGGACUUGCUUGACAACCAGCAUGAGCUGACGGAGCGUCAGCGCAUUGGCGUGCGAUUGCAUCAGGAGCUGCAAGAGAGAAUACCCCGGACAGAGGUGGACAGGAUGGUUGCACAUGUCAAGCACGUUGUCCUCUCCAUCGAGCCCGGCUGCAUCUUCGAAGCAUGCGGCUCAUACCGCCGCGGGAAGAAGACGUGCGGAGAUGUUGAUGUGUUGAUAUCGCACCGGGACAAGCGCGUGUUGGACACGCUAUUCAAACGCGUCAUUGAUGCGCUGCACGAUGACGGAUUCCUGACCCACGACCUUGCGCGCUCAGAGGGCGAAUCAACACAGUACAAGUACAUGGGCAUUGGCAAGCUCAAAGACGCGUCCUUUCAUCGCCGUGUGGAUAUCAUCGUUGUGCCGUGGGAGGAAUGGCCGUGCGCCAUCCUGUACUUUACGGGCUCCGGCGCCUUUAACCGCUCCAUGCGUCUCCUUGCACGCAAGAUGGGCUGGUCCCUCAGCCAGCACACGAUCAACUACGGGGUGGUUCGAGACAGGAAGGAGAAAGACAAGAAGUUGGGGGACGGCAGCGUGAUCCCCGUCAAGUCGGAGCACGACGUCUUUGCCCUCCUCGCCCUCAAAUACCGCCCGCCCUGGGAACGCAACGCUUGAGAGACACAGCGAGGUGAACGUGAAGAGGUGAAGGCUGCUGGAGAAUGGUGACAUGAUGGUGGAGCGUGCGCAUCAUGUGCGCAUGCAUUGUCAGCCGCGCAAACAAACACAGACAGCAGACAGAUGAAGUAUUGAACUUUGGUAAAUGAUUUUAU